UGGCCCAGUCAGCCGGUUGGACUGGAGUUGCGAGUGUCGUAUUUACAUUUGUUUUCAUCUUUUUUCACGUGCAGGUAGCCGACAGCGAUAAACUGUAGCCGCGAAGCGAGUGAGCAUCAACUGGGCGGCGUUGACGACAGAAAUCCGCCUGUCACAGUUAACGGUGACGGUGCUGUUUCUCUUUCGGGCUGGCUGUCUGUUAAUUUGACUUUGAAGGAGCUCCGUCUGUAUCUGUCUUGCAUCUUCUGGUCGCAGAUAUGAGCGGAAGAGUAGGAGACCUCAGCCCUAAACAGGCUGAAGCACUGGAGCAGUUUCGAGAGAGGAUACAGGACAUUUUUCCUCAACUUCCUGCGCAGCAUGACCACUUCCUGUUACGCUGGCUCAGAGCCAGAAACUUCAAUGUCCAGAAGUCGGAGGGCAUGGUGCGAAAGCAUUUGGAGUUCAGGAAACAGAUGAAAGUAGACACAAUAGUCACCGACUGGCGUCCACCAGAGGUGAUAGAGAAGUAUCUGUCAGGAGGGAUGUGUGGUUACGACCGUGAGGGUAGUCCUAUCUGGUAUGAUGUCAUCGGACCUGUGGAUCCUAAAGGCCUCUUCCUGUCUGCCUCCAAGCAAGACUUCAUCAAGUCCAAGAUCAGAGACUGUGAGGUCCUGCAGAAGGAAUGUAACCUCCAGUCACAGAGGCUUGGGAGGAACGUGGAGUCAAUCACCAUGAUCUACGACGUAGAAGGUCUGGGUCUGAAACACUUAUGGAAGCCUGCUAUAGAAACAUAUGGAGAGAUUCUCCAGAUGUUUGAAGAGAACUACCCGGAAGGCUUGAAAAGGCUGUUUGUCAUUAAAGCCCCCAAACUCUUUCCUGUGGCCUACAACCUCGUCAAGCACUUUCUGAGUGAGAACACAAGACAAAAGAUCAAUAUCCUUGGGGGGAACUGGCAGGAGGUUUUACUGAAGUACAUCGAUGCAGAGGAACUGCCGAUGAUAUAUGGGGGUAAAAUGACAGAUCCUGAUGGAGAUCCUCGCUGUCGGACCAAGAUACAUCACGUUGGCCCUGUUCCUCCCUCCUACUACGUGCGGGACCAUGUAAAGGUGGACUACGAGCAGUGUAUGACCGUCAGCCGAGGUUCCUCCCAACAGAUGGACUAUGAGAUACUCUUCCCCGGCUGUGUUCUCAGGUGGCAGUUUGCCACUGAGAGCGCAGACAUUGGAUUUGGGGUGUUUCUGAAGGCUAAAAAGGGCGAAUGGAAGAAGGCAGCUCAGAUGGAGGAAGUCGUGCCCACUCAGCGCUACAACGCCCACUUAGUGCCCGAGGACGGAUCACUGACCUGUGAACGCCCAGGAGUCUAUGUUCUCAGAUUUGACAAUACUUAUAGCAUCUUCCAGGCCAAAAGAGUCAGCUUUGCCGUUGAAGUCCUGCUCCCGGACCAUUUACAGUCCCCACAGACCAAUGGAGGGUCCAAAAACCACGAGCAAGCUGAGGUCAACAGCCAAUCAUAACCAAGGAAGAUACCAAAAUGCGCCACUAUGUUGUCAGAUCAGUAAAACAAGUGUAGCCGCCACUAGUAAGCACAGCCCGAGAGACUUGAUCUGAGUAUUUGACACUUUAAUUAUCUUUAAUGAUGACAUUAUUCACAUGCUCUCCAUUUGGAAACACUUACGAAACAAAAAAAGAGGGACAGAUAAUAUGGCGAAAGGUAUGUGGAAGCCCCAAUACACAUAACUUUGUGCACUUAGUCUUUUUUUUCAUGGUUUGGGCUAGGCCUCUUAGUUCCAAUCAAUAGAAAGCUUAAUGCUAUAACAUUCAUAAAGAAAUGAUUUUCCCAGUUUGGUGUGGAAGAACUUGAACUUAACCCCACCCAAAAUCUUUGGGGGAUAAACUGGAGCACCAACUUCCGGCCAGACCUCAACACCCAAUAUCAGUGCUGGACCGGGGUCAUCCCUAUGUUCCCAGGGUCCACGUUGUAAGAGAUUUGUAAGAUCUGUCUUCGCAGUUCAAAUGGCAAAAGAAUGAAUGGAGAUGGAUCCAAUCCAUUUGGCCACUGUGGAGAUAUCACUAUCUGGAAUGAAGUCAAGAAAACUGUGUUCUCAAAUUUGAGGGCAUAGGUUUCAAGGAGUGUAACACCAGUAGGCUCCACGCUGUAGGUGUGCGAUUUCAACAUAACUGACCCAGGGAAACAUUUAGGUGAACAUUUGACCUAGGAAAAAAAGCACUGCUAAGAACAAAGACCCCUUUGAAAGGUCUCCCUAAUGUGUCAGGUUAGAGGAUAUUGAGCUAGGGAACAAAGGACCCUGUGAUCAGAGAAACACUCCCAUUGGACCUCACUAAAACUCUUGUGGCUAAAUGGUAACAAAUCCCUGCAGCAGGUUCCAUAAUUCUGUGGAAAGCCAAAAACCAGAAGAGAGGAGGCUGUUAUAGCUUUGGAUUAAUGCUCAUAGUUUUAGACUGAGAUAUUUAACAAUCACCUAUGGGUGCAAUGUCCACAUACUUCUGGACACAGAUAGCAAGUAGCAACUUUAUGUUAAACUAUAUACCUCAAGAGUAUAUCAUCGCAACAAUUAGGAGUUAGCUCACCAACAAGUUUGAAAACUAAAACAUAAAAAAAAGAAGUGAGCUCAGGGUUUCCUCUAGAAUUUUUUCUUCCAGCAAAUAGACUGUACCAUAGGGUGAUUUAACGUCACCGCUCAUUUUACAAUUUCACGGGACCCGCGUGAGUGCGGAUUUCAUGUCGCGGCUUUCGUCGCUGUUUAUCACUUAUUGAGUGAAGCUGGAGCUGGAGUGAAGUAGUAUUCACCCUGUUUAUUUGGUUGCCAUGACUUCGCUGUUCCAGUUGCUCUGCUCACCCUAGGGGGAGAGAGAGCAGAUGACAGUUCGCUUGAGUUCAGUAGAGCAGAUGGCUCUACGACUUUAUCGCUUUUCAUAAACAGCCGAAGGAACAGUUGUGCGUGGUGUACAUAGCAAAAACCCUGUUGUGCGUCUGCCCUAUUUCUGUUACCGUGGCGCUGGAAAUUUUACUGUGGCUCACCGCCACUAUGCUAUCAACAUAGAGGAAACACUGGAGCUUACAAGACCUCUGUAGUCCACUCCUCAACUCUGCCCAAGGCUAGCGGCUCGAGGUUAACAUUAGGCCCUGCUAGCAUAACACACCCGAAUCCCAAAACCAAACUGUUGGUGGUCGAGAUCAGUGUGGGUAAUGUAGGCACCAGGUUUUGACAAGGAAGAAGAAAAACUUUCCAUCAUGAGAAUCAUGUCCAAGUGAAUCAGGUCAGUGCUACCACUGAAAUGGCAUUAUGGAGUGAAAUAGGCCACCACUAAAAAAAAAAAGGUAGCACAAGAGAAGAAUAGUAUUUAAUUUUCUAUGGACAAAAACAAAGGAUAAACAUUUUCUUUAGAUGUAAUGUUAUAUGGCAUAGAUAUUUGCCACAACAGUACAAGCAUUUCAGGUAAUUUAUAUAAGCAUAGGUUUGUUGCCAUUUUGAUACUUGGAAAAAAAAAAAAAAAAAAAAGAAGAAAUCUAGAAAAUACAGGUCACACACUGAACAUUCCUCAUAAUUACACAUGGAAGCUUAUGGAAUCACUUGUGUGAGUUUCUAAAUUAGUUUUGAUUCAUCUUUUGAAAGCUAUGUUUAUAUUUAUUGAUCAUACCCCCUUGACAUUAUCAAUGAGCUUUCACAUUUGUUAGUAACAUUCCUUUAAAUACGCAUUUCUACAUUUUUAAUUUACUUCAAAAAUGAGUUGAAUCAAUAUUUAUUUCAUAAUAGCAAAAUAUUAAAGUCUAUAUCAGAUAUACAAUGUACAGUAUUAGAUCAUUUCAUGUUAACUUGUUUGCAGUGAAUGCAAAUGAAAAGGUUACUCUCACCGGACAAUAACUGAAUGUAGACUGUGGCAAAUUGCCAGAAUGGAUGAUUAUUCAUUAUUUUCAUAUUGAUAACAGUACUGUCACAAGUACCAAGUAAAGAAAGUAAGCUUACUGUUAUGGCCAUGUCUGGACUGUCGAAACUUUCGCUUAUGAUGAAGAUAGCUAGGCUUAUACUAUAAACCUAAAUAAUUGUAAGAAAUGUAAAUAAAUGUUUGCUGUACAAUUUG